GGCUCUCGUCCUUUCCACAAUUGAUAUCCGAUUAGUGAGCUACUUUUAAGAUUUCUUUUAUAAAUUAAGGAAUGGCUGACACGCCGGCACCUGCGCCAAAGGCAAAAGCGCCUAAAACCAAGGCGCCUAAGGAGAAGGCCGCUAAGGCCGCUCCUGCGGCUCCCGCCGAGCCCCCGAAGGCAAUCCGUAAAGUGUCGUCCAAACCACGACAUGGCAGACUUUAUGCCAAAGCUGUGUUCGCUGGCUACAAACGUGGUUUGAGAAACCAACACGAAAACACAGCGCUUUUAAAGAUUGAAGGUGCACGUGAUCGUGUCGACGCUAACUUCUACGCUGGCAAGCGUUGCGUGUAUGUGUACCGCGCUAAGAAGAGGACGCCCAUCGCUGGAGGACCCCGCGGCAAGAAGACCAAGCUGCGUGCCAUCUGGGGCAAGGUGACCCGUCCCCAUGGCAAUUCUGGUGGAGUUCGUGCACGCUUCAAGUCUAACCUCCCCGCACAUGCCAUGGGACACAGAAUAAGAGUGAUGCUGUAUCCUUCCAGGAUCUAAGAACCUCCUGUUAUUGU